AUGUCGUCGAGUGACGAUGAACGGGAGGAGUACGGCCCUAAGAACUACGCCAGCCGCGCGCACAAGCUGGCCACCCUGUUCAUCAUGACGGCUGGCAGCGCCAACGCAACGCAGUUUCCCAUGAUGUUCAUUGUCAACGGAGGAUUGCCGUUCCUGCUGGCGUAUCUAGCGUUCCUCGCUGUCGUGACAUUGCCGAUCAUGCGCCUGGAGAGCGGCCUGGCCCAGUUCGCUGGAGACGGUCACUUCGGCGUCUUCUCCACGGUUCCGCUCUUCAUCGGCGUGGGUGUCACGAUGGGCGUGUACGCGAUCGUGCACAUCGUGGCAGACUCGGUGCCGGUCACCGACCAGCUGCUCUACCUGCUCGACUCCGUGCGGGAGGCAGCGGGCAACGAGUGCCGCAACGGAAUGCUCCUGGCGCCCAACCGCUCCUGCUUCGUGCCCAGGCACCCGUUCUCACUGUGCAGGAUCACCCGCGCUCGGCUCGCUGAGUCCUUUCGGCGGCGGCCCCUCACUCAAGGAAUGCCAGUGAUGGAUGCGAGCGACGAAGUCGCCCACCUGACCCUGGUACCACCCGAGGUGUACCAUCAGCACAUGGCCAGCUGCCUGCCCGGAGUGUACAACUACUUACAGCCGUACCAGCUGUGCGUCUGUCUCGAUGCGUAAU